AUGUCCAUCUCGGCCUCAGAGAGGGAGGAUUGGGUGGGAUCGGAGUCCGAUCAGCCGGACAGCAUGGGGCCCUCAGACCUCCAGGAGGAGCUCAUGAGGGUUCUCUCAAGGGCUGUCCAGGAGUUGGAGCUUACCUGGAGUCCUCCAGAGGAGCCUGCCAGGAGUAAGCUUGACUCCUGGUAUUUCAGGUCCACCUGGAAAGCUGACUCGAGGACGUCGGUCCCCUUUUUCCCCGACGUACAUGAGCAGCUGGUAAAAACAUGGUCUGCGCCCCAAUCAGCGCGCGUCCACUCUGCCACACAGGCCACUUUUUCCCACGUGGAUGGGGCGGAGGCCCACGGGUACGUGCGCUCUCCCCCAGUCGAGGAGACCGUCGCUGCGCACCUGUGUCCUGCAGCAGCCAAGACCCUAGGCUCAGACAUCAGCCUCCCCUCAAAGCCGUGCAGAACCACCGCCCACCUUGCCAAUAAAGCAUAUGUGUCUGAUGGCGAGGCGGCUUCCGCGCUGCACGCCAUGGCAGUGCUGCAGGUUUUUCAGGCGAAGCUCCUGCAGGCAGCGGAGGGCAGAGCCCUCACGGCAGAGGCCGUUAAGGAUCUGCGCGCGGCGACGGACUUCGCGCUGAUGGUGACGAAGCGAGCGGCCCAGGCUGUGGGUAAGGCCAUGGGUUUUAUGGUCGUCCUUCAGAGGCACCUUUGGUUAAACCUAGCUGACCUCAAGGAUGCUGACCGUAAAGUGCUGCUGAAAGCUCCUGUGACUCCCUCCGGCCUUUUUGGUAGCGCCGUGGAGUCCAUUACUGAGCGCUUCGCGGAGGCUCACGAGCGCUUUCCAGCAGCAGACGGCGAGAUCCAGAUCCUCGUUGGCACCUGGCUCUUCCCAGCGGAGAGAUAA